AUGAGCGAGCUCAAGCAAGAUAUAGCAAAAGUACUGAAUUAGGAAUCUGAUAAGAUUACUCAAGAAAAGGAAAAUAAACUUAGGGAAAUUUCAAAUAAUUUUAAACGAAUUAUGGGACUUGCUCAGGAUCAUAUUGCAAAGGGUACUCCUUACAAGGUCAAUGAGUUAGAUGAGCAAUAAACUAUUGAGUAAUUUGAGAAGCAAAGCGAGGAAUACGAAAAAAUAGUCAAAGAUGGGAAUACAUAAAAGUAAUCAUUGAGAUAAGAAAUAGCCUAAAUGGAAAUUGAACUAAGAAGAAUAAGAGAUUAAGUUGCUGAUAAACAGAUUGAAAACAAGAAUUUAUCGUUCUUGAUUUAAAAAGAAGAAGAACUUAAGAAGUAAAAGAAUGAUUAUGAGAAGUAAGCUCUGAAAACUUUGAGUGAUGACUUAGAGGAUCAAUUAAGUCAACUUCACAAUAACGCUGAAAAGAUUACUGGAAAAGUGACGCCAUAUGGAAUGGAGCAAGUUCUCUAAGAGAAAUUCUAAAAAACUACUAAUAACUAUCAAUAAUUUCUUAGUGAAUCUGAAAAGGAUCUCAAGGACACAUAAAAUGAUUUAGAUAGGGUUAAGAUAGAACUUGAAAAAGAAAGAAUGAUCACAGAUAGUUUAUAGCAUGAAGUAAAUGUUAAUGAUUAGGAACUUUAAGGACUUUAAGAGACAUUUCAGAAGCACAAGACAGAUUUAGAUGAAAUGAACUGGCAGCAUGAUUAAAAGCUGAAAGAGUUAGAAUAGAUAAGAAUCAGAGCAAAUGAAGAGAUUAAAAAGCUUUCAGUCGAGCUGGGAACAGCUUAAUCUGAAAUUAAUGUACUUAUUCUCGAAUCAUAGAAGUAUGAAAGCUAACUAGAAUUCUUGGCAACAGAAAGAGAAAUGAUUCUUAAGGCUUAACUAGAGGCAGAGGAUAUUGAUCCAUUUUUCCAAUAAGCAGAUCUCCAAGAAGCUGAAGCAAAGAGAUUGAAAAUUGAGUAAGAGAUUAUGAAUUUAAACAGAGAGUGGUUUGGUAAGCUUGAGAAAGUUAGAGAAGAGACAGAACGAGUGCUUACUGAAAAUGAAAUGAAAGAGUUUAGAUCGAGAAUAGCUAUUCUUGCUGCUGAGCUGAGUGAUAAAAACUAAUAGAUAGAAAAUAUAAAUAAGGAUAAGUAAGAUAUGGAAAGGUUAGCAGAAAAAGCUAUGUCUAUGGGAAUGUAAAUCUCAGAAUAAACAGAGGAGAUAGGGGAGCUGAAUGAAAAAUACAAAGCUGCUUUAAGAGAAAAAGUUGACGUUUAUGAUGAGUUAAUAGAAUCUUUGAAGGAAUUGGUAAAUAGAAAUUCGAGGUUUAUGAAGAACGAGAUUGAGAUGUGCAAACUUGUGAAUUAGACUUCGGUUAUGAAGAGAGAGCUAGAGCAAAAGGAAAAGUACAUUGAGGACAUGGCUAAAGAUAUUAAUCAAAGGAGUGUAUAGGAUGAAGAUUUAUAGAAAAAGAUAAAAGAUAGGAUGGAAGAAAAGACCUAGAUGUUGAGAUCAAUGAGACAGGAAAUCAGAGAUAGAGACUAGGAGAUAGAGUUUUAUGAAUUUUUACUAAGAGAGAAGUAAAAGAAGAUCAACAACAUGCAAAGCUCUCUUAUUGACUAAGGAAAACCUUAGAAAACUAGUUAAGCAAGUAGGGUGAAUAAUUAGAUUAAAACUACAAAUGUCUAAGCUAAAGAUCAGAAUCUUGAUGUUCUCUAAGGAAAUAGAUAGAGAUUAGAAUAGUAGUUGGUGCUAAUUAGAGAUGACGAUGAAGAAGAUUACAGCUAAUAGCAACUUCAAAUAGACAUCGACGAGGAAAGUAAGGCUGGAGAUUCAGAUGAUCUCAUUAACAGAUAGAAAAAAUUCAGUACCUCCCAUCAAAGACAAAUAUGA